AUGAAUACUGGUUAUUACUCACAACAAUCACCUUAUCAACAACCACAACAACAAUUAUGGAAUAAAGAAUCAAUAAAUAAUGAGCAGCUACCACCUUAUUCUUCUGUAUAUCCGGAAAAUUUACAAUUCAAAAAACCUAUUUCUAAACUCAAUGAUAAUUUGAAUAAUAGUGAAAAAUUCGAAUUAAAUACUCAAUCAAUUUCCAUCACGCUCGAAAAAGUGCCAUCUAAUAGUAUUACAGGUAAACAACUAUUUCAAUUAAAUGGUGCUAAUGUUCGAUUUCCUCAACUGAAUAUUAAUAAAUCGAUCAUAAUCAAAUUGAUUACUUUGCCAUUUUCAUCAAUUGUUUCCUUAACAUUACAUGAUUCAUAUGGUCAAAUAAUGACUAUUAAAAAUACAACUCAUCCCUUUGAAAUUCUUAUACCACAUAAAACUAAUAGUCUUAUGCCACCAAUGAUUCAUCAAAAUGUUACUUUAUUAUCAAAUCAUAUAAAAUUUAAAUUUUAUUAUAUUAAUUUAACACAUAAUCUUAAUUUAUCAAUUUCACUUCAUAUUGAAAUUGAACCAAAAAAUCAAAAUCUUUCGUAUUUAUUUAUUAUUCGAUUUAAUAAUGUACCUAAUUUAAACAAAAAUCUUAUCGAUGAAUGGAAACUCAUGUGUCCAAGAGAUCGUAAACCUCAUACUUCAAAGUAUACAUAUUUUAUUGAUAAUACUCGAAUUUCACAUCAUCAGUGGGCUGUUAUUGGUGUUCGUGAAAUGAAAGAAUGUAAUCGAGAUAAUCUUGAUGACAAUAUUCAAUUUUCAUCUGAUUAUUCUAUUCGGAUGUAUACAUCUGGUUGUUAUUAUCUUGAUGAUGAUAAUAAUUGGCAAUCAGAUGGAUUAAUAGUUGGACCGAAAACGAAUGAAAGUUUUAUUCAAUGUUAUUCAACACAUUUAACAACAUUUGCUGCUGGUUUUCUUGUACUUCCUGAGCCUGUUCCUUGGAAUUCAUUAGAUUUUGAUUUUAAAAGGAAUUUGACUAUUUAUAUUACAUUAGUUAUUAUUGGUUUAAUUUAUUUUCUAACAACUGGAUUUUCAUAUUAUAAAGAUGGUAUUGAUGCAAAAAUGCUUAUGGUAAUACCACUGAGUGAUAAUAAUCGACAUGAUAGAUAUCUUUAUCAAUUAGUAGUAUUUACAGGAAUGAGAGCAAAUGCUGGUACAAAAUCAAAAGUUCAUUUCGUUCUUUCUGGAAGUGACGAUGAAACUGAUAUACGAAAAUUAACUGCUGAUCGACGAAUACUUGAUCGUGGAAAUGUUGAUUCAUUCAUUAUGGCUGUUCCGAGAUCACUUGGUCAACUUAAUUAUCUUCGUAUUUGGCAUGAUAAUUCUGGUCCAGGUUCAGAUGCAUCGUGGUUUCUUAAAUAUGUAUUAGUACGAGAUUUACAAACAAUGGAAACAAGUUACUUUAUUUGUGAAAGAUGGUUAGCAGUAGAAAAAGAUGCUGGAGAAAUUGAUGUAACAAUAAAUGCAGCUGGCGAACUAGAACAAUUGGAAUUAAAACAUGUUCUAUCAAAAAAUGCUUACCGAUCAAUGGCUGAUAAUCAUUUAUGGUUUUCAAUUUUUGCUUAUCAUUUACCAUCAGCUAAUCGUUUUACUCGUGUACAACGAUGUACAUGUUGUUUUGUACUAUUUUUUAUGAGUCUUCUUAUGAGUAUUUUUUACUAUGAUACAAAGCAAGAAAUAAAUACAAAUGAAAAUGAUCAAUAUGGCUUAACCCUUGGACCAUUUCAUCUUUCUAAAGAAGAGAUUAGCGUUGGUGUCAUUAUUGAAUUCAUAACAUUUAUUCCAAGUUUACUUCUUGUGGCUCUAUUUCGUCGAUCAAAACCACGUCGUCCUCGAAAAAUAUCUCCUGUUGGUGAGGCAAUUCAAAACAUAGGAGCACAUAAGCCAGCAAAAAAAACUAAAUUACUUUCAAUUGAAUCAAAAGAAAAAAAAAUUUUUUUUCCAUGGUGGUGUUUAAUACUUGCUUAUGUUCUUUCAUUUUUAAUGGUUAGUACUUCAGUAUUUUUUAUCAUUGUACGCAGUGUUCAAUAUGGUGAUUCAAAAACACGCCGAUGGCUUGGUUCAAUUCUUGCAAGUUUUUGUGCUUCUGUACUUCUUACUCAACCACUUAAAGUACUUGCAUUAGCAUUAUUAUUUAUGUGUCUUUGUCGAAAAAAAUCUCAAGCUGAAGCUUUUAUUGAACAAGAAGAUCCAGUUGAAGAUUUUACUAUUUCAACUGAAGAUGCACAUCGAAAAUUUCCGUCAAAAUCUAUUUUAGCUAAAACUCGUCUUGAUCCUUAUCGCGCAAAACGUGAAAAAGCAGCAUUAAAAAACUUACGUGAAAUUCGUUUGAAAGAAGUUACAUCAUGGUUAAUUUUACGUGAAUUAUUUUUUCUUUUAUUAUUUCUUGGUGUUCUUUAUGCAAUUAGUUUUGUUAAUCGUGAUAUUGAUGAUGCACAUCAAAUGGUCAACUAUUUACGACGAGAAUUUUUAAAAAUUGAUUAUCAUUAUUCAGAUAAAUAUAAAUCUGGACAAAAGAAAAAUAGUUAUGUAUUUGAAAAUAUCAAUUCGAUUAAAGAUUAUUGGUAUUGGUUAGAAAAUAUUUUUGUUAAUAAAUAUCUAGAAACAUGUCGGAAUGAUCGGACUACAAAUAAUACACAUUUAUUAAAAAAUACUCAAACAAAUAGAAUUAUUGGCUGGCCUACAUUACGACAGUUACGCGUUAAAAAUGAAUCAUGUCCAAGAAAAGCGCUUGAUGAUCAUAUGAAAAUUGAUAAUUGCAAUCUACCUUAUACUUGGUAUAAUGAAGCUAAACAUCCAUUCGGAUUUAACAUUAGCACGAGUGAUCCACCAAAACUUACUCAAGCAUUUCACUAUAAAUCAGUUCAAGAUGACACAUUAAUUUAUUCAACUUCACACGCAACAUAUAUGGCUGGUGGCUAUGUACACGAAAUCCAAGGAAGGAGCACUGAACAAAUUUUAAUAGGAUUUCGAUAUCUUCAAAAUCACCAUUGGAUUGAUCGACAUACUCGUGCUAUUUUCCUAACGUUUGGUCUAUAUAAUCCUCAUGCUAAUUUAUUUGUUUAUUGUUCAUUACUUCUUGAACAAUUACCAGCAACAGCAAAUGUUAUUUUUCGACCAUCAUUUCAACCAUUUAAACUUGUUCAAUUAUACACAGGAACAGAUCUUAUUUAUUGUCUUAUUUAUCUUAUUUUAAUUAUUUAUUAUAUGAUAACAGAAAUUAAACUUUUUUUAAAAAAGCGUAAAGCUUAUAUAAAACAAUUUUGGUCAUAUAUUAAUUGGGCUAUUAUUGUAUGUUCAUGGUUUGGUGUGGCAAUACAUAUAUUUAGACAAACAGAAAUGAAGAAAAUGGGAAAUUCAUUGAAAACAACAAGAGGAACAAGGCCAAUUAAUUUACAAUUUUUCUCGUAUCUUGAUAAUGUCCUAACUUAUCUACUUGGUUUCUGUUGUUUUUUUGGUACUGUUAAAAUACUUCGUCUGCUUCGCUUUAAUCGUCGUUUGUCAUUAUUACAUUUAACAUUAAAAAAAUCAACCAAACAAAUCAUAGGUUUUCUUGUAAUGUUUUCAUUGGUAUUUUGUGCUUUUACUGCAUUAUUUUAUCUAUUAUUUCAUUCUUAUUUACAACAAUAUUCAACAUGGUUAGAUGCAGGCUUAGCGUGUUUUGAAAUGGUUUCACGACAUAUGUCAACAGUAUCUGCUUUGAAAAAAGUUGAUCCACUUUUAGCUGGUCUAUCGUUAUUUUUAUUUAUUCUUCUGGCAGUAUUUCUAUUAAGUAAUAUGUUUAUAUCAAUCAUUGUUGAUAAUUUUAAUUUACUACGUCGAGAACAAUUACAACAUAAAAAUGAAAUUGAAUUAAUUCAAUUUACGAUAACAAAAAUAAAACAAUGGCUAAAUAUGACCACACAAAAGCGACAAAUAAAAAAGAACCAAAAUCCCAUCACUGAAUUUCCGAACAAAAUCGAUAAACUUGCAAUUGCUAUUGAUAAAUUAUUUGGUGAUGCAAAACAUUAA